CACAAGUCGAUUUGAGUCAGUAAAUGGUAAGCACCCGAUAACGUGACAGAACUCAAUUUUGGGAUGCGUUUGCGACACGGCUUACGCUAGAUCACGAAUAGGUUACUCAAUCCUACAAUAAAAACCUGAAAACAUCAACCGCAUGUUACACGUAGGAAUAUCACGUGCUGAACUAAUGAUAAUGUACUACUCUGUGAUGAAAUUUUAGCCAUUGACCUUAGUUUUAUUCUGAUUAUGAUUACAUGGAGCGCCGUUGUUUGGCAUAUUUUGACUAAAAUUGCGUUACUAUAAAUAACUCCAAUAUAAGUUCGUACCGCGAGACGGUCUUGGUUAACAGCGGUGUGAUAUAGUCAUUAUUGAUGACUUCUAUCUGGUAUUAAAUCACGAAAAGACCAUGUCGGACUGCGGAGGAGACUGCGGAAGUGACGGUGGGGACUGUGGAAACGACAGCGGGGGUGGAUCGUAUGGAGGCGACUAUGGUGGUGGAGACUCUGGAGGCAGUAUCGAGAUUAAAUCGUGUGACGACGAUUAUGUUAGUGGACACUCUGGAGGCAGUAUCGAGAUUAAAUCGUGUGACGACGACUAUGGUAGUGGAGGCGACCAUGGUGGUGAAGGCUCUGGAAGCAAAUGCAAGAGUGGAUCGGGUGGAGAUGACGAUUGUAGUAAAAACUGUGGAGGCAAAACUGACAGUGGAGAGUUUGGACGUGGAUACUUUGGAGGUGAUAUUAUUGACCUUGAAGAUUACCACCAUGACAGCGCAAACGUCUGGCUCCAUGAUGACGAUCCUAGCACGUACAGAAAUGUAUACACCUCUCCACACAGUUCUUAUUACCGAUCCUCGCGGCGAGGAGUAGGAAGAGUUGGAAGCGGUUCUUCUGAUUGCUAUUGUCCGGAUAGCGCCUCUGCGAAAUGCAUAACAAUCACAAUAUACGUAGUUACCGGAAUGCUUGUAUUCUACAUUAUAUUAGUAAUGAUGCGAUGAUCGAAGUCUACCAACUCUUUCAGAUCUAGUCUUUACUGACCGCGUUAAAUGUCACUUAUUUUUGCUAUUAUCAAAGUCUACGCAUCAUGGAUAUAAAAGUGCUGAAUACAAACACACAAAGAAAAUUAAUUUCCACGAGAUCUGAUACAGCUCAUUAGGCUAAUUUGAAAACUGAUUAAAUAGGGCAGCAGGUGCCGAAUUGUAAAACAAAUCGUUCACAACAAAGCACAAUGGAGACGUAAAUAUUUUUAUAUGAAAAAGUAUACUUCUUGUUAUUUCUAAUAAGAAAAUUUUUAUCGCAGUAAUAAUUAUACACUUUUCGUGCUGUAGAUUUUCACUGGUAAUUACCGCCGGUCUAUUUUCAAUUAAUAUAAGGCAUGUUCAGCCAAUGACGAAAUAAUGUUUGAUAAUAUUUCAAAAUAUACAGGAAACAAAAAGGUUUCUGAUAACGAAGAUGGGGAAAACUCAUUGUAGAAUAGUAUUAUAGCGCAUGCGCUGCUUUAUGACAAAUGAUCUUUGUUGCAGGCGUUAUUGGGCAUGUUCACAUUCCUAUAGAAAUUAUUCCACCUAUGCGAAUUACUGCCAAACAAAAAUUGAUCAGAAUUUUUUUCACGACGCUUAACUGGUUGACUGGCAUUGUAUAUGAUACAUGAUGUAAAAAAAGUUGUGCCAAUUCUGCUUAUGUAUCAUACAUGAUGAAAUCGAAUGACUUCCUUGUUUUUCAACCAAUUUGAAUGAAACUUGGUGUACAAUGGUUUUUGAGGUCACUGAAUCUGAAUCUGGCAAUGGAAUUGCAAAAUUCAAUAUGGCGGAUCCCAAAUGGCCGACCCAAAAUGGUUACAAAUGUCGAUAUGUUACAGAGAUUUUAGCAUAAUUUUAUAUAUAAAUAGGGGAUGGGAGCUGGCAAAUCGUAAUAAUAACCCCCAAAAUCGAUUCAGCGACUCAAAACAUCUCUAUAUUCCAAAUAUUAUGUGAUUCGCUUUAUUUUUGGACUUUGCCAGUUCGAGCAUGAAUAGUGCAAAAUGCCAUGCCAGUCAACUGGUUAAACAUUUGACCUCAUAUUUUUCUAUGUAACUGAAAAUAUUGUACUUAUAUUGACGUGCGUGUUUAUUGUCACGAUGUAUAUUACAAAAAAUGUGUAAAUAAAUAUUUUAUUUUAGAUACUUUGUUAGAUACUUCAGAUAUUUUGCUACUAUGAUCUCGUGUGAUUGGCACGAUCACGUUACAAAUUUUGCGUAAGAUCAGUUAGCAGAUUUUAAACAACAAAAAUAGUUCGCAAACGCGCGCCAACUUGCACGACUAUAUGUCGGAGACAACGAACGUGCCAAGUUGUCAAAAAUUGUUUUUGCAUAUCUCUGACUUUAGAGAGCAACUGUAUCAGUAAACAGACCACAUUUACGUCGAUGUGUAUAUUUGUACGUAAUUUCGUAACACAAAUACAUGAAGAAAAAAAUCAUUUCGCGUAAUUGACACCUCAUUGAGAUACGAUCCUGCGUAAGUGUUUCAUUCGCAAUCUUUGUACGUGAAAAGAUGCAUUGUACAUACUGUGUGGAAUGACCCUGGUAAUAGUGCCAAAAACAACAUUGCACAUACCAUAUAAUAUCUCGUUCAUGCGGAGAGGCAAGCAACCACUCCAGCAGCCGAGUCGUCGUUCAUCAUUGAUUGUAUUGAAUGGUAGCACCCUAAGGCGUAGUACCGCUGGUAGAACUGACCACAAUUUUCCGUAUCUCGUAUAAUCAGUGUUGGAAACGCAAGGAACUUUUACAAGACGUACGCCAUGAUGGACUACGGAGGCGACUGCGGAGGCGACUACGGAAAUGACGGUGGAGGCUAUGGGGGCGACUGUGGAGGUGAUAUUGGUGCUGUUGAAAAUUACCACCAUGGCAGCGCAAACAUCUGGCUCCAUGAUGAUGAUCCUUGUACUUAUAAAAAUGUUUACACCUCUCCACACACUUCAUAUUACCCACCCUCGCGGGGAGGAGUAGGAAGUGUUGGAAGCGGUUCCGAUUGCUUUUGCUCGGAUCCCUGCUCUCAGAAAUGCAUAAUUAUCACAGUGUCCGUAGUUACCGGCAUACUGAUAUUCUACGUUAUUUUACUAAUGAUACCAUGAUCACAAUCUACCGACUCUUUCAGAUUUGGUCUUUACUGCCCGCGUUGAACGUCACUUAUUUUCGCUAUUAUCAAAGUCUACGCAUCAUAGAUAUAAAAGUGCUGAAUACAAAUACGUGAAGACAAUUAAAUUUCCGCAAGAUCUGAUGCAACUCAUCGGGCUAAUUUGAAAACUGAUUAAAUAGGACAAAAGGUGCUGAAUUGGAAACAAAAAAUCGUUCACAACUAACUGCAACGGACACGUCAAUAUUUUUAUGUGAAAAAGUAUACUUAUUGUUAUUUCUAACGUUAAAUAUAUGAACUUUAUUUUGUGCUAAUAAGCUUAUUAAUAUAAGAAAAUUUUAUGUCGUAGUAUAAUGAUACAGUAGAUUUUCACUGAUAAUUAACGCCGUUCUAUUUUCAAUUAAUACCAGGCAUGUCCAGCCAAUGACGAAAUAAUGUUUAAUAAUAUCUCAAAGUAUACAGGAAACCAAAAAGGUUUCCGAUAACGAAGACGGGGGAAACUCAUUGUAGAAUAGAAUUAUAGCAGACACGCUGCUUUACGACAAAUGAUCUUCGUUGCUGGCCUUAUUGGGCGAAUGCGAAUUACUUUUAAACAAAAAUUGAUCACAAUUUUUCUCACGACGCUUACACAUUUGACCUCAUAUUAUUGUAUGCAACUGAAAAUAUUGCAAUUAUAUUUACGUGCGUGUUUAUUUACACAAUGCGUGAUACAGAAAAUGUCUGAAUAAAUUUAAGUAAUUUUAAAUACUUUACUACUAUCAACUCGUGUGAUUGGCCCGACCACGUUACAAAUUUUGCGUAAGGUUAGUUAGCUGAUUUUCAACAACAAAAACAGGUCGCAAACGCGCGCCAACUUGCACGACUAUAUGUCGAAAACAACGGACGUGCCAAGUUGUCAAAAAUUAUUUUUGCACAUCUCUGACUUUAGAGAGCAACUGUAUCAGUAAACAGACCAAAUUUACAUUGAUGUGUAUAUUUGUACGUAAUUUCGUGACAUAAAAAAAGAAGAAAAAAAUCAUUUCACGUAAUUGUCACCUCAUUGAGAUACCACCCUGCGUAAGUGUUUCGUUCGCAAUCUUUGCACGCACAUAGAUACAUUGUACAUACUGUGUGGAAUGACCCUGGUAACAGUGCCAAAAACAACAUUGUAUGUAUACGCCACGUACUAUUGUUCGGUUGAAGAACGAAAGCUUGCCAAGAAAUAUAUACUUGCCCUCGUUUGUUUCGAGCGACUAAAAUCACGUGAUUAAUGCGCAAGUCGUUCGAAGUUCGAAUUACUACCGUACAAGUAAAUUUUUCUUAACGGAUAUUUGUUGAAAAUGGGUUUCUAAAAUACUAGAUCGUUUAUACUGAUGUCAAGAGCAAGCGUUUUACCGUAAUUUAAAUAUAGAGACGAAAUGAUGGGAUUAUCACCGCUAGCUUGACUAGUUUCCCAAGUUCAAACUAAAAUGCACAUUUUCUCGUCUUAAAUUAUCCGGACUCACAGUAAGUGUGCGGUGCUGAUAAAGAAAAGUAGCACAGACUCCGAUGGAACUGAAUCAUACAGUAAUAUUUUGCGAUGGAAAAAAAUCGUACCGAUAUAAUUGAUAAAAAGUCACCCGUGUGGAAAAAGAUCGCACCUUUACCAGUUGAGGAAGAUGAAAAUGUGAAAUCUAAAUUUAGAGGUAUAUCUGUUUCGAUUAAUUACAUACGUACGAUUGUUCUAUAGUCAAAAUAAUAUCAAUUCAACGAUCACUCUAAUAAAUAUAGUUAUUCUAGCGGAUACAAACAUUUAAAAUAUACUCAAUAAGUGGGUGAGUGAUACCGAAAGAAAAUUAGAAUCUCUCCAUGUGUCUACACCGAAUUCCGUGUGUUAAAAAAGUUUUGUUUCAGAAUUAGAAUGAAUAGCUAUUUCGAUACAGCUUAUCGCUCCGCUACAGAGCGUAAAUUUUUCGAAAAAUUCGUCGACCAAUCAAAGAGUGGAAACGCUAAUAAAGUUAUUGAAAUAGUUCGAGAAAUCCCCGAGCUUCGUAAUUGGACAAUAAAAGAAUCCUAUCGACCAAAAUGUGAUAAAGAGGCUGAGAAAUUUCUAAUUCAAUCUGCUCAAACGGUAAAACAUGAUGAAAAAAUAUUCCGACUUACAAAAGCGGUAUUUGCGGCCAAUAUUAACAACUCUACAGUGUUUCUGGACGCUCUGAUGGACCGUAUUCGCUGCUUCUUCGCGGCUGAAUAUUUCAAAAAAUGUUUGAUGGAUUGUCAACACAUGUCUUCAGUUUUGAAUGAAAAAAUUUUCCCAAAUUUAAACGAAAGAGACCAUCAAAUCUUGAAAAUGGAAUGUUUGUCCUACGAAAUAAGGUGUCUAAAAAUCUUGGGAGACACAGAAAAGGCGAAAAUUUUAGCCAGAGAAGGUAUAAGGGAAGCAAAACACUUCUUUCAAUCUAUAGAACAACAAGGUGGAGAGCAAAUAAGCGAUGAAAAAAAGUUAGAAAAACUUUCCCCGUUUCUCGGCGUUUUGAAUGAAAAAUAUAGCCAUAGUAGAACAUCCGAUGCUCAAAACGAUGAUCAGAUAGCUAUCCCCAGAGUUUUGGGUAAACAAAAUGAAAAGUUACAGAGCUGUUCAGACGCCGUAGCCCUACAGUAUGAUCAGACAAGGGGCAGGCAUUUAGUCGCUACAAGGAAUAUAAAAACUGGUAGUGUUUUGCUAGUUGACGAGCCUUUUGCUUGGAGCACUGAUGAAGCAAUGCUCGAAAAAAACUGCCUUCAUUGCCACAAGUCUUUAAAAUCUACGGAGACCGUUAAAAUACCAUGUCGCAAUUGCCAAACAGUAAAUUAUUGUUCGGAGGAAUGUAGAAUAGAGUCGUGGGAAAAGUAUCAUCGCUGGGAGUGUACAGUCUUUGAUUACUUUUAUAGUAUGAAGGAAAUACAAAGUUCACGACUUUUGUUAGCAUAUAGGGCAACCGUUAUGCUGGCGACACGAAACAUGGAUAUAGAGAAAGACGAUAAACUGAGUGCUGACUUGAAAAAGUAUCAUUCGGAUAAUGAUAUUAAUAAAAAGAGACUAGAAAUUGGAUUAAAUAAAGAAUACGACCCGAUGGACUAUAGCACUGUUUAUUCGCUGGAAACGAAUUCCAAAGAUAUCGACCCAAAGGUGAAUCUCAUGCAUGCGUUACACAGCAUACUUCUGGCUAAAUGUUUCAGAUACGUGUCCACCAAAAUAUUGCCAAAAAUUGAAAUUGGUGACGACGAAGAACACAUUUUAGCAUCGGCAACCCUUCGCCAUUUGCAAGCAAUAAAUUCCAAUGCAUACGAGAUAGUCGAAAAUGUUUUGGAUAAGGGCACUAAAGUCUGGGAACCAAAAACCGUUGGUGGAGCAAUUUAUGCAACGGUUAGCUUGACAAAUCACAGCUGUUACCCGAAUGUGGUUCGCCAUAGUUAUCCUAGAGGAAAAGUCGUCGUACGAGCUAUACGCUUCAUUCCGAAGGGCACAGAAAUUUUGGAUUGUUACGGACCGCAUUUUCUGCGCGACAUUAAAUCAGAGAGGCAUAACUACCUCUUUAAAAAAUACAAUUUUAAUUGCAACUGCGAAGCUUGCAGCAAGAAUUUGUCACUACCACUUUCAGAUUUGUUGUACAAAUGUAAAAAAUGUGUCCAGAUUUGUGAGAAGUUAAAAAAUUCUUGCAGAAAGUGUGCUACCAGAGUUGAUAGAGCGAAAACAAGUAAGAUUGUCACCGAAUCUGUCCGACAUAGAUUGAUAGCGAUUCAAAAUAUGUUGGAUGGAAAUCAUAUGGCCGCUUUGCCUAUAUUGUUGCAUCACGCUGAGCUACUUGAUAAAACAAUUUCGGAUUAUAGCAUGGAGGCUGUUAGGACUCAGCAAGCAUUAAUACAAUGUUUCAAUAGUGUAGGUUGCACAUCUAAGUAAAGCAUUUGGUUCUCGGGUUUCGGUCUUGAAUAAAUGACAGAUAAUGUGUUAGUUAAACUAUAUAAAAACGAAGAUGAAAGAAAACGGGCAAACGUUUUUAAUAUUACUGCUUAUGAUUUAUUAUUGGAUUCACACUCAUGAUACUUGGAAUUGUCUAAAAAGAGAGAGGAAAAGAAAAACACUAAUGAAAAAAAUUAAAAAAAGAAAAAAAAAUAAUGUAUAUAUAGAAGAGAAAAAAAUCGCCUAGCAAUAAUAUCUAAGAAAAAUUAAUUAUGGAUAAUAAUUAAAAACAGUACAAUUGUAGAAUCAGAGAAUUUUUUGCUCGAGUAUAUGAAUAUAAACGAACGACAAGAAUAUAUUAGCGAUCUUUGGAUUUUUUGCGCAGUAAUUCUAUUUUUUUUUUUUCGACGUGAAUUUCACUCUGUUUUUCUUAAAUAUAUUUACAAAGUUUAAGCAUGGCAGAAAGUCAAACUUCUGUCUAACUUUUUUUAUGUACAUGAAAAAAUCUAAAGAGAGAAAAACAAGGGGGGAAAAGUAUCGAUAUUUGCCUUUCUAAAUUUCGAAUUUUGCUGUAAUACCUCGGUUACAAAAUUCGGAAUUACGAACCGAAGUAAUAGUGAAUUUCUUGAUACAGCGAAAAAUGUCGGUACGUUUUUUUUGCAGAAAAAUGGUUUAAACUGUAUUUUUGAAAAUUUAUAUACCAUAAAGAAUUUCAGAAUUUAACGCAGACAGCGAAAACAGCCUAUGUGAAUUCGGCUUGCUUUUAUAGCUUUGAAUCGUUUAAAAAUUAAUGCGUGAUUACCGGCACGUGCGCGCGUUUCCUAUUUCCUAGUUUUUCGUAAUAAUUGUAUACGUCAUUUUUAUACAAUAGUACAGUAAACAUCAUUAACAAUUAGAAUCAAUUAAAAAUAUAAUAAUUAAUACAGCACUACCAUUUUACAUGUAUACCUCGAUGCCUAUGCCAGGUAUACAUUCGACACUUAUGUUUCAUUCCCGAGUAAGAAUUCACACACGAAAUUGCAGUCGAUAACUACGCCAUAACUACGAAUGAUAACAAUAAGUAAGAUGGGGGGGAAAAAAAAAAUAAAAAAAGAAAAGCUCCCUGAAAUAAAAAUAUACACUCGAUUCUAUUUUCCAUGUGAAGUUUUACACUCUUUGUUCUCCUGAAUACCCUUGACAUUAACUCGAAUACGAUAAUUUGAUUUCUUAAAUUAUGCAUUCGAAGAACUUGGAACUUUGCAUUUUUAAGAAUUGCAUACUCGAGCAGUUUUCAGGAUAUUGGACAACCGCUUGGAAAACAGAACCGUUUGAUUCAACAGGCAAAUGGCAUUAAUUCAAUCAAUUACCGGCGUAUGUCCAGACGCAAGUGAUAUACCUAUUUGUUACUAGCAUUUCUGCACCUGUGCAUUUCUCAUACGACUAGUGACGAUGAUCACCACAUAUGUGUCUCACGAAUCUCGCUUAUGAUGUGCCCAGCCUUUGUUAGUGCCUGUAAAUGAUAUAAAUAUAAUUAUACACCAUUCUUCAGCGAUCGAAUAAUUGUAUGAAUUAUAUUUCCAUUGUCCUUAAAGCGGGUCUCUCGAUCGGUUAACGUUUCGAGACUCCCAGGUGAACAAACGAUAAUAUUUGCGAGGUAAAAAAAAAAAAAUAAAAAAUGUACGCACUUUGA